AUGACUCAGGCAGAGGCUGUCUCAAACAGUUUCAGCGCACACGUAUAUCAUGAUAGUUUGCUGCUCUUCAGUGGCCUCUUCACAGACAGGCUGUGGUGGCUGAAUUUAUCGUCGUUUGUAUGGAACGAGGGGCCGUGUACAGGUGUGUUUCCGCCGCCAACGCGCUUCCACGCCACCGCGCUGUGCGGAUCACGACUGUACGUCUGCGGUGGGGAGUCGCCGCGCCUCGACGCGUCGUGCAUCGCGCCGGCCUCCCUCCAGCACGACUUGCUGGACCUCUUCGUUGUCGACCUGGCUGAGCUGCGGUGGGAACGGGUGCUGUGCGCCUGGAAGCCGCGGGUGCGUUCUCACCACACCAUGACAGCAGUGAGUGACAGUGCGCUUAUCGUUAUGGGUGGUAAGCCACGGCGGGAUGAAGUGACCUCGUACGAAAUGCGGGAGAUGAUGGCAGGCGGCUUUUACGCGGUGCUCGUUUUCGAUGUCACGGCAGGACUCUGGCGCACCUUUUCACAGACACUGUUUCCGUGUCUGUGGGGCCACAGUGCGCACGUGGUGAAUGACGAUGCCAUUGUUAUAUUCGGUGGAUUCGAAACAACACUGGAGGUAUCUGAACAUGGCGAACAGAUACCAGCCGUUGCCGUGAACAACUACAUGUGGUUUCUCAACUGGAGAACGAUGGAAUGCUACCGCGCGGGAAGUCGUGUGCCCGGUCGCGUGUUGCACCAGUCUCAUAUUUGCGGGGACAAGUUGCACGUGCUUGGCGGAAUAUCUGUAGAUGAGGCGUGCCUCGAUCUCGUCUUGCAGCAAGAUGCAAUGGCGAUAUCAUUGACAUCCUUCGAGACUCGUCCAAUGAAGUUUUGUUUGCAGCAUUGGCCUCUGGAGCUGAUGGCUUCUGUGGUGUAUAACCAGCAACUCAUUGUGCUAAACAAGAUGGAGGACUUCUUUGUCCUGCGGGCGAUUGACGAUGAUGAUUGGGAGCGCUACCGUUGUGACACCACCAACAUUAUCACAUCGCCGUUUUCUGCCGUGCGUGCCAUAAAAUACCACGCAGAUGCAAAGGGGCGGGAAGAACACGGCAGCGUGUUAACACUGCCGAUUGACGGGCCACCUUCGAAGCCAUCCCUCUCGCCGCUCAUGUGGGAGCUGCUUGCGCAGCUCGAGUACCCGCUGGCUGACCUGCGCUAG